AUGGCAGCCGGGAGACAUUCCGUCACUAUUCUACUUCUCAUGAGCUACUUACUAGUUUCGUCUCAGUCUCUACAUGUCGAAAAUAUACAGAAACCCCACAAUAUUGAUGGUCGGAUCAAAACCAUAGUCGUUGUAGUCAUGGAGAACCGGUCGUUCGACCAUAUCCUUGGUUGGCUAAAAUCAACCCGACCCGAAAUCGAUGGGCUAACGGGCAAAGAGUCCAACUCUCUCAACAUCUCCGACCCGAACUCGUCCAAAGUCUUUGUCUCAGACGACGCCGUUCACGUCGACAUGGAUCCGGCCCAUUCUUUCCAGGCAAUCCAGGAACAGAUAUUCGGGUCGGACGAUACUACCCUCGACCCGAAAAUGAACGGGUUCGCACAGCAAGCAGAGAAAACACAACGCGGAACGGCAAAAACCGUGAUGAGCGGAUUUAAACCGGAAAUUCUACCGGUUUACACUCAGUUAGCGAACGAGUUCGCAGUUUUCGACCGGUGGUUCGCGUCGGUCCCGUCUUCUACGUUACCGAACCGGUUCUACGUCCACUCGGCUACCUCCCACGGCUGCUCAAGUAACAUCAACAAAGGCCUAAUCCAAGGCUUUCCACAAAAGACGAUCUUUGACUCGCUGGAAGAGAACGACGACCUCAGCUUUGGGAUUUAUCACCAUAACAUCCCAACCACUCUCUUCUUCAAGUCUCUUCGGAAACUUAAACACUUGGUCAAGUUCCACAGCUAUGCAGGCAAGUUCAAGCUCGACGCGAAGCUCGGAAGACUACCUAGCUACACCGUCGUAGAGCCGAGGUACUUCGACGUCGAUGGGUUCCCGGCGAACGACGAUCACCCGUCGCAUGACGUGGCGGAAGGGCAGAGGUUCGUGAAGGAGGUUUACGAGGCGGUGAGGAGUAGUCCACAGUGGAAAGAGCUGGCUCUGAUCAUCACUUACGACGAACACGGUGGAUUCUUUGAUCACGUUCCGACUCCGGUUGAAGGUGUGCCAAAUCCAGACGAUAUCAUUGGGCCUGGCCCGUUUUAUUUUGGGUUUGAUCGAUUGGGGGUUCGGGUUCCUACUUUACUCAUCUCUCCCUGGAUCGACAAGGGUACUGUGAUACAUGAACCAGACGGUCGUACGUCAAACUCACAGUAUGAGCACUCUUCAAUUCCGGCGACAGUCAAGAAACUAUUCAACUUAAAGUCAAACUUUCUGACGAAGAGAGAUGCUUGGGCUGGCACUUUCGACAAGUAUUUCUAUCUCCGAGACUCUCCUCGUCAAGAUUGUCCAGAGACACUAGCAGAGGUGAAAGGAUCUCUGAGGCCAUGGGGACCGAGAGAAGACUCAGGGAUCUCGGAGUUCCAAAUGGAACUGGUCCAGCUCGCAUCCCAGCUCGUGGGAGAUCAUCUCUUGAACUCAUAUCCGAACAUAGGCAAGAACAUGACAGUGGGGAAAGCCAACAAGUACGCAGAGGAUGCUACUCUUAGAUUUCUAGAAGCGGGUAAGGCAGCCAUAAAAUCAGGAGCUGAUGGACACGCCAUUAUGAAUAUGAGACCGUCUCUCACGACUCGAAUCAGUCAAUAA